CACUCACAAAAGCUCAUCAACUUACACAGUAAAACCCUAACAAAUUAAACCACAAAAACACAACCCAGAGAUCAUACAUACCCUAGAACACAGCAAGAUCAGACAACCUUAAUUAACCUCGUAUCAUCAUCAUAUCAAUGAAUUCUCCUAAGAAAAUGGAGAAAACCCCAGGCUGUUGUUUCUUCUGCAUCAUGAAGGAACAAGACCCCACAAUCAGAAAACCAAAACUCAGAGCCUUCUUCAAAGCCAUGGGGGAUUUGGUUAUUCAAGAUCAAGAACUCGUUGUGGUGCUGAGUGGGAUAUGGAGCAUUGCCAUGGCAAACCCUAACGACGGCGAGCUCCCGGCGGCCGGCGUUUUGAAAUGCAUGGCGGAGCUGAUCAAGAAAGCCCUGGAAAACGCAGAUUGGCUAAUGAGAGACCAAAACAUUUAUGUCCCAUACUAUGCAGCCCACAUCAUAGGCUCUUACACCAUGAACAACGCCGCAUCCGCCGCUAAAGCGGCGGAUUCCGGCGUUGUCCCGCCGCUGGUGGCGCUUCUGAGGGGGAAGAUGACAUGGGUGGAGCAAAGGGUGGCGGUUAGAGCGCUCGGGCACUUAGCUAGCUACGAGAAAACCUUCGAAUCCGUGGCGAUUUUCGAGCAAGAAAUCGUGGAAUUAGCUAUGGAUUUAGCCUCCACGUGCUUGGAAACCGUGUAUAACGAAUUUGUGAGAAUUAAAGAUAGAGCCGAGAAGGUGAAAUUGAAAUACCAUAGAGAUUUGGUGACAAGAGGGGUUGGGGGAUUAGAAAUGGAGAACAGAAAAGCUGAGGAAUGGGCCUCUCAGCUUCAAUGCUGGAGCCUUCAUCUCCUCAACUGUUUUGCAGUGAAAGAAAGGAGUUUAGAUCUCAUCUGCACCCCAAAAUUCUUGAGGGAUUUGAGUGGAAUGUGGGGAGGGUUAAUGAACCACACUUCUCCUGGGGGUAUAGGGCUAAUCAGAGUUCUUUGCUACAACAAAUUUGGGAGAAAAUGCAUAUCUGAAUCCCCAGAAACACUCAAAACUCUCUGCAAUCUCUCAAGAUCCUCAGAUGAUUGGCAAUACAUGGGAAUUGAUUGUCUCCUCCUUCUCCUAUCUGAUGUGGAUACUAGGUACAAAGUACUAGAAACCUCAGCUUUGUGUCUUGUGGAUUUGGUGGAGCUUAGAACCCUAAGGGGGAGAUUAAACCUCGGCGAAACAAUCACAAGACUACUCCUCAGAGAUUUCAAGAAAAUCAGAUCAAGAAAAGUGAAAAUCCUCAAGAAUUCAGAAGCUGAGAGGGCAUUGGGAGAACUGUGGGGUUUAAAGGUGGAGAGGAGGAAAAGAGAGCAAUCUAUGAGUGAAGAAAAGCUUGAGGAGAAAAGGGUAAUGGCUACUCUAAUGAAGCAACAAGGACACCAUAGUUUCAAUUUGGGGAAAUUCUCAGAAGCCCUAAUCACAUACACAGAAGCCUUGGAGUUUUGCCCAUUGAAACACAGAAAAGAAAGGGCUGUGCUUUACAGCAAUAGAGCUCAGUGCAGGUUGCUGAUAGGGGAGAUUGAUGGAGCCAUUAGCGACACAACUCGGGCGCUUUGCCUCUCCAAUCCUCCAAACUCUCAUGCCAAGAGCCUGUGGAGAAGAUCACAGGCUUAUGACAUGAAAGGAUUAGCUAAGCAGAGCUUGAUGGAUUGUAUAAUGUUCAUCAGCACUUGUUUCAGGUCUGAAUCUGCAGCUAAUCCCAAGAAGGGUGUGAAGAUCAUCCCUUAUUAUGCUGUCAGGAUGAUCACCAAGCAGAUGGACUCCACCUGGAUCUUCUCCAACUGCAAUGGAACACAAAAACACAACAGCAUUGGUGAUAAUGUUGAUGACAACAACAAAAGCAAAAGCAAAACCAGAAAUUGCAGACAGCAAAAAGCUAGGAUUGCCCACUAUCUUGAAGAAAGCUGUGAUGGCUGAAACAAUGUGAUGAGUCCAGAUAUGCAGCUAGCACUAAGCAUAAAAUGUUGAUAUAGUGGCAUUGCCACAGAAUAUUUGUACCAUUUUUAUAUGCAGUCAACAUGGUGAUCAAUU